UUGACACGCGCAGCGCCGCGGACUGAUAAGCCUCCAUGGAAUAAAGAAGAACGAUUAGUUUUUCUCAUAUUAAGACCGAUACAAAGAAAACAAUUUCAAGUGAAUCCUGAUACGUCAUACAGCAUGGAGUGACGACUACAAAGAAGUAUAUAAAAGUCGACCUGCGGAGUGGACAAUAAGAGCAAGAAUUUACAUAUAGGACACAUCAUCCUACACGUGCAGGACCUUGACACUUUCUGUCAUUUUGAUUAAGUCUAAUCGAUGAACAAUUAGGUUUCCGAGUGCGUUUCUCAGCAUUGGCAUGUGCUUAAUAUUCUACUUGGAGAUUCCUAAAUAAAUUUCCCUCCACCGGAUCUUUCCCUUUACUCUUCGUGUUUAUUCGAUUUAACAAACAGACAAACUUCGCUCAUGACUUCAGAGAGACCGCUGAACCCUCGUGAAGAAUAAUCUGCGUUUUAAGUCAUAGGCUGGAAUCUGGAGCGCGCGCCACUGAUCACGACGCGCGCAGCUGUGUUUCAUUAGCGUCUGUGUGCUCACGCGCCGCUGUCCUGAGUUCCGAGUGCUGAGAAAAGAGCGGAGCGCGCGGGCCGUGCGCGCCUCUCAAUGCGGCGGAGCGAUGUGCACUGGGCUCUGCUGGCUGCGCGCGCUGCUGCUCGCGGCGUGUCUGUGCUACGGCGGCGCAGAGAGGGAUCCUCUCCCAGUAGCUCUGGCUGAGCUGAUGAAGAGCGGCUCUGUCUCGUCCACAGAAGGUCUGCAGCUGCUUCUGCUCUCUGACUCCGUAGAUGACGAUUUAGAGAGCGACCAUGCCAACAAUACCAACAAUCGGCUGCCACGGAGCCUUCUGGAUGCUCAGCCAGCACAGCAAGCCCAGUGUAAGGUGAGGACAGAGGUCAUGGAGGUCACUCGUGCGAUGCUGGACCGAAGCAAUGCUAACUUUCUGCUUUGGCCGCCAUGUGUGGAAGUGCAGAGAUGCUCUGGAUGCUGCAACACAAAAAACCUUAAGUGUGUAGCUGUACUCACUCACACGCGUUAUCUACAGGUGAUGAAGAUUGAGUAUGUGAACAUGCGGCCAGUUUACAAUAAAGCCGUAGUCUCGGUUAACGAUCAUGUGGAGUGCCGCUGUCAGCCUGCUCCUCGUCCAGUCUCCCGCAGAAAGUCUUCUUCGCAAAAACAAGAAGCAAGAGAACGCUCAGGGAAACCUCGCUAUAAAGAUGAGCUUCACCGGAGAGAUGAGCUUAAAUCCAACCAGAGGCUUAAACUGGAGGAUCUGAUAAGCCACAGCUGGCUGCCCAUAGAAAAUGGACAGGAUGCCUGGAGCCAUAAUAAGACACACCACGGAAAGAGCAGAGGUCAUUUUCUUGGAGAUGGAAAGAAGUAUAACACCAGCUCUAACAACACAAAGAGCUGGUCUUCUGAGAAACUGACAAAUCCUCUGCCCAAUCACAGUAAGAUAGAAGAUACAGGUUUAUUACUACACAAUGAAACAAGGGCAAGAGAGAGAGCCAAAGAUGUAGAAAUACAGAAAAACAGUACAAUAAAUGAUGAUAGGCUGACUAAUCGGUCAUUAGUGAAUGGGGUCAGCCCCACUCAUAUAGCCAAUCAGAUUCCACAGCAGGAGUCAAUGGAAAUACAGUGUGUAGGCCACAGCAAGUGUACAGGGAGCAGUCAAGCACACAGAAAUGAGACGACUUCCCAAACAGGGACCAACCAGAAUCAACUGCACAGUGAAGCACCUGUUGGCCAGAACAAUCAGACUAGGGUUCCUAAACCUGCAGAGAAAAUCAAUCAAAAGCAAGGCCAUGCCUUCAAUGCAGAAACACAUCCUAGUACAAGGAUUAAAGAAAAUGAGACCCCAGAAAUGGAAAGCACUCGAGAGGUGACAGAAGAGACCAGAAGCACGUCCACUUUGCUAAAGGAAAGAAAGGCUUUAGAGGAGGAGAAAGAGGAGCUGCUGUUACUUCACAAGCGCCUUGAUGAAGAAAAGCACAAACUUUACCUGAAAGCACAACAACACCGUCAACACGAGGACCAAAACCAGCACCAGACGCACCACAGUCCUCAGCAAACCCACACAACUACACAACAGACAGAAAGCAGAACAACUUCUCCAGUCAAAAUGUCCACUCCUCACACGCCCCCCCGUCUACCCGCUCGUACACCAAAGAGAUUGAGGAAGCACCGCAACCGCAUAAGCAAGGCUGUGAUGAGGGCCAUGCUUAUGUAGCAUGAAAAGAUGUGUAAGACGCAGUACCUGUCCAGAUUGUUGCACUAUCCUGAAUAAUAUAAUUUAUUCAUGUCUUCCUGCCCAUGGAGAUCCACAGCCUUUAGUACUAAUCUUCAUGCAGUAACCCUGUUUUGGGAGAGGGACAGAGCUACAUUCCUACCAUAUUCCCUUGAUAUAAAUAACAGUGAUGUUAUUAAAGGGGACAGAAGACAUUAAGACAAACAGUUGGUGGACUCUCCAGUAGUAGCUCGUCAAAACUGCUCAGAUGUCCUUUUCUUAAGUUAUGGUCCCAGUUGGAAACCUGCCCCGAUUCUGUGGAACAAUGGAACUGAGGGAUUGAGCAUGGGAAUGUGUCAUUGCAACUUUUAUGGUUGAAAAGAGACUUGCCUAAAAGUCUGGAAUGAAAAAAAAUACAAACACUGGACUUUAGAAGAGUAUUGGAAUCAAUGAGUCUGGUCUGUGGAAACACUCAGAAAUAAAAAGAAGCUCCCAGAACUCUCUGAAAAUGCUAAGAAGCUUGUUCAGUUGGAAAAGACUGUUGAGUAUAUUUUAAUCUAAAUACUCUCUGGAAAUAAAACAUGGGUCUAGACAUGAUCUCUGAAAAAGACACAAGAAAGACUGAUCUAGAACUCAUUGGAAUGAAAACACUGGACUAUACAGUAGAAACGUAAAUAGAAGCGAUUAAAUAAAAAUACUACUGUUGUAGCUCCUCCGAGUGGCUUCUGGUUUUGUAGUUCUGUAACAUGGAAAUGAACUGAACGUUCUGUGGACUAGUGAAAAGUGACUUAGAUGAUCUGGGGAAUGGAAAGACUAGUCUAGAAUUAAAUUGGAAUAAUGUCCAGUUUCUUUUCUCUAUAGAGUUGAAACACUGGUCAGGAGGAUUUAAAUUAUUAAGCAGUCUUAAUGAUCUUCUAGAAGUUUCAUAAUGAUUAAGACUGAUAAAGGUGCUGAAAAUUGUCUUUAAUAAGAAAGCAUGUCGUAAGGGAGACAGGAAAACAAAAAGCUCCCUUCCAGCUCAUAUUCCAUCCAACUGACAUAAUAAGUUUCUUUUCUGACCGUAGUCACCAGAUCCACAGCUAAUUUGAGUGGUGUACUGUUUCAUAAACUCCCAAAAAUAAAAAUUGGUUCCAUCUUGGACCCUAUAUGUCUUCCUUUCCUUUCCUAUCCAUUCAGGGGAUCCCUUAAAACGUUAAAACCAAAGCAUGCAAGAUCCCAAGUAGAGCACCUUUAUGAAGCUGAGAAUUUUAACUAAGCAAAGGAGCCUUAAAAAACUCUAUUAUUGUUAGCGUGUUGUCAUAUCUGUAGAACAUAGCAUUCAUAGCUGUCAGUGAUGAGACAUACUGGACAGAUUCACAUUAUAUAGUGGUAAACUAGACAUAGAAUAACACAAGUGUUUUCAUUUAUCCGUUCAUACAAAAAGAGAAAGGUAAUGAAUAAAGGAAGAGAGAAGGAAAUAUAGAUAUAACUCAUGAGCAUAUGUUCAGUGUUAAACAGUGUUUCCAGUAUUUCUGGAUUAUUAAACCAUAAUACAAUAUUAAAGUCACAACCACUUAACAAAUCAUAUACAACACAUAAACACAGCAACGAUACUGUUUUACUUUUCUUAUUUAAUUUUCAUAUUAUUUAAUUUGACUGCUAACACUGGAAAUUCUCAGAUGCCAAAUGAAGGCUUGCAGUUUUAUUGUAUUAAUAUGGACCUCUUGAAAUAUGACGGUGCUAUGUAAUAAUAAGAAAACAGCUUUAACAUUAUUGUUAUUUAUUCGUCUACAAUUGCUUUGUGAUUAGUUUCUCUUCAUAAAUUUUACCUAUUUGUUUCUUUGCAUUCUGUUAAAUUUGUAUUUGUGUUUUUAUUUCCAGCUUUAGAUGUAUGUGAGGCAGUGUUUUGCAACACAAAAGAAAUAUGAAUAAAGAGCUAAACUAACCUGA